AUAGACAUGAAUUACAAUAUAUGGAGCAUCAGAUCAUUAAGAAAAUAUCAUCGCUUAACCACUUCGACAAUAACGACGACAAUGGCGUCGACGACAUCGUAGAGCAUAACAACACCACUAAUAAGCAACACAUGAAGAACAUGACGACAUCCCUGUCGGGACACUCGUCGCCAAAGGGUAAUAACAUAGCGAACCUGACGGGCGGCGGGUCGUCCCCAUCGGGGCCGGUGUCGCAGUCGCACCAGACGUCCAAUAAUAGCAAAUGGAUGUCACAUAAUAUAAAUAGCGUCAACGGCGUGGUGUCGGGUGCGGGCCCUCCCUCUGCCAACUCGUCGAAUAAUAUGUCUUCGACUGCGAGUAAUAACUCCAAUACCGGUACCACUAAUAGCGCGAAAAAAGCCAAAAAUAUUGUCGCCAACAAUCUGUCGGCCGCUGUUAAGGACGACCACUCACUCAGGUUGGAAGCGGACAUAAAGCGCCUGAAAGCAGACCUACAGGCGUCCCGUCAGUGUGAGCUGGACCUGCGUUCCCAACUGAACGCCAUUGUGGUGGACGACAAGUCCGUGAAGAACGAGUUGUCACAACUACGACAGGACAAUGAGAACCUCCAGCAACGGCUCCACAAUCUGGUGACCGCUAAACAACACGACAAACAGACGAUCCAGAAGUUGGAGAAGAGUUUGGACGACGAGAAGAAGCGACUGAAAGCCAAUCUGGAGAUACAGGUGACCAACGAGAAGAAGGCUAAGAAGGCCGAAGAGGUGGCACAAAGGGCUGCCGCUAUAGCCGCCGCCCAACGGUUCGAGUGCGCCGACAGUUGUAAGCAGAAGCGCCGGGAGUUAGACAACGAUCUCAAACAACUGCAGCACGAGUUGAAGCUGAAGGACGAGCAGCUGAAGCAAAGCGAAAAGGCUUUGCGUCAGUACAAGAAUUCUCAGACGGACGCCGAGGUGUUGAUGUCGGCGCUGUCGGCAAUGCAGGACAAGAACUCGCAUCUGGAGAAGAGCUUAAGCGCGGAGACGAGACUUAAAUUGGAUUUAUUCUCAGCUCUCGAUGAGACCAAACGCCAGUUGGAGAUGACGAGAAUGAUUUUACUGCAACGCGAGAAAGAGAUCGACGAACUCAAGUCGAAGAUCGCCGAAGUGAUGGCCGUCAUGCCGUCGACACCGAACGGCAGUUACGGCAGUCUCUCCGCCGAGCAGUCGAUUGUCAAUAGUUUGCUGCCUGUCUUCGGUCACAACAGCUGCCAUAACAGCCAUAACAGCCAUAACCACAACAAUCAUCACCAAAAAUACAUGCAAUCGAUGGUGUCCUCCAAUGAUGACCACAUGAUGUCGAAUGUGUCCCCAUUAGACCCGAACGCCUCGAUCUAUACGCCCAAAGUGGGCGGCGCCGGCAAUUCCGGUUCACCCGAUCUCUAAGAUCUAUAUAUAUAUAUAUUUUUGUGGACACGACUACUCUCUCGACUUGUGGGCCGACUCGCGCGUAUGACUUCACCGCUUAUUAUAGUCCGACCAUUGGUUCUCUUCAAUUGAUUAUUCAAUUUAAUGGAUAAGACUUUGUGUUGAUGUUUGUUCUCAUGAGAUGUAUAUCUAAAUCGUAAACAAAUUUAUUUAUAAUUAUUUUUUGUUUUUCACGCCUCCUUUCGUGUCCACUGAAAUGUUUAGCGUUUUUGUCGUCAAUAUUUCCCCCAAAAUAUCAAUUCAAAUCAUUGACUGAAAAAAAUCUAUUUGACAAACCAUUGAAACAAUUAUUUAUGAGUUUUUGUGAAUAAAAAUCAAACUUUU